AUGGCGAGAUCCUCCUUCUCAGACGCUCCCACAAGGGACUCGAGGUAUCUCGCCCCUCGCGAGCCCUACGGCUACCCGACCUCAUCCGCGCGGGACUCAAGAUGGGACAUCGCUGAAUAUUCUCUCAGGCCGACCGCCAGAAGUAAAGACUCUUCCUCCUCCACCAGGCACCGCUCUCGAUCCCGCUCUCGUGACACCAAACAUUCCCGCGACAAAGUGCACCGCAAGAAGCGACGCAGCGGCGGCGAGGGCGGAAGCAGCAGCUCCUCAUCGUCAAACGACCCCCCAGCUAUUGCCAAAGAAGCCAAAGGAGCCGUCGUGAACGCAAACACGGCCUCCUUCACACCAACCGCCAUGAUCAACAACCUCCAAAACGCCUUCCACGCCUUCCAAUCCAUCCCGAACCUCUCCACCUCAACCUUUGAACUGGGCCCCCUCCCCGACACCCCCGUAACAAACCUCAUCAACCCAAAGAACCUCCACCCGCCCCCCUCCCAGGCCGUCCUCCACGACCGCCUCGGCACAAACUUACACCGCCACAGCAACGUCUACCUCAUCCUCCUCGUCGGCACCCUCCUGGCGACCCACUGGCUCGUCCUCGCCGCCCUCUUCGGCGUCGUCAAAUUUGGCUUCUUCAUCCAGUCCUACAACGGCCGCGACCUCGCCCGCGACCUCGGCGUGAGGAAGUACGCCUCCACGCAGAGCAUCAUGUCCGGCUUCACCGCCUUGGCCGCCAUCGUCGGCCUCUGGGCCUUUUCCUCGCUCUUCGGCGUCGUCUUUACCCUCGUCAAGGUCGCCGGCCUCGUCCUCGUGCACGCCGCGUGCUGUGACGUGUCAGCGGCAGGCGGUAGUCGCCCGGCGGGAGUUGUUACGGGCGCUGGUUCGACAGCUGCACCUUCGCCCGUGCCGGCCCAAGGGUUCUUGAGACCGCCUGCGGCGCCCGCGGGUUGGGCCCUGGUCUCGAGGGAGGCGCCGAACGUGGCACAGCUCAGAUCUGCGAGCGAGGGCCAGCUCAGGUCCGCCAGCGAGGGGAACCUCGGCGGCGGCAGCGGCGGUGUAGCACCGCCGUAUCCUAGCGGGAAUGGAUGGUACGCCGGCGAGGGGCACACUGGGCCCCCGACGCCAGAGGCGUACGCCGAGAUGCCGCGGACGCCGCGUUCCUUCGAGGCAUACGCUCCCGGUCCCCGAAGGGAGGAGCACGAUGCCGGAGAGUUGGCGUAUGGGUAUUACGAGUCUGCUCGGCCUCAGAGUUAUGCAUCGGGCAGGUCGUAUUAA